CUGGCAGGCAGAGCAAAUGAGUUUGUUGAUGACUAUUCUCGCAUUUAAAAAACAACUUUUCUUACAUGUGUCAAAUCGCAGAAUAAAUUCUGGUAGUUUAGAAGCAAACGUCUGUGGUCAGUAUUGUUUUGAGUCAGUUAUCGGCUGCUGCCAAACCGGUAAAUAAUUAUCUUGGGCUGUACAGUCCCACGCAAUGCUAGCUGCCUUGCUCUUUAUUAGCUAUUCCUAAAUUAACUUGUCACUUUUAACGAAUUUAGCACACAGUGGUGAGAAGUAUGUCGACAUUUACUAGCCGAGUAUGGAGCUGCUUGGACAAGCUGCUUCGUUUCCUGCCUAUCGUAGUGAACACUGUGCUGGUAUUCUCCAUCACCGCAGAAGUUAGCUAUCUUGUUAUAGUGGAGGCACCACGCGAACCGGAGCAGCAGAAAAGCGAGUGGUCGGCGGUCUGGAAAUCUGUGCAUCUCGUUUGUCAGUACUUCAUGUUGGGCAACAUCACGUGGAACGCCUCGCUGUUUCUCAAAACCAGCCCGAGCAUUCGCGGUGUGUUCCUCGGUGGUGAAGGCGUCGGUCAGGGAUGGAGGUACUGCUACACCUGCGAGACGCACACCCCGCCGCGCUGCUCCCACUGCUACGACUGCAACGUGUGCGUGCUGCGGCGUGACCACCACUGCGUGUUCUUCGGCCAGUGCGUGGGCCUGCGCAACUACCGCUACUUCCUGUGCUGCCUGCUGUUCAUGUGGGCCGGCCUGCUGUACGCCGUGGUGAUGAACGCCGAGGUCUUCAUCGUCAUCCUGAAGGAGGGCGUCACGCUGCACAGCGUCAUGCUGCUGGUCGUGCCCUGGAUCAUGCUGGUCUCCGGGCAGGUGACGGCUCGGGCGUUCGCCUUCGCCUUCAUCGCGGACACGUGCGUGAUCGGCUUCCUCCUGGUGGCGGCCUUCCUCUUCUUCCACGUGGGGCUGAUGAUCCGGGGCCAGACCACCCGGGAGUGGUACUCCAGCCGCCGGCCCUACGACCUGGGCGUCCUGGGCAACAUGCGGGAGUGCCUGGGUGAACGCUGGUACCUGUGCUGGCUCAGCCCCCUCAUCCCCUCCCCUCUUCCUGGGGAUGGCAUCCACUUCAAGGUCACUGGGUCGCUGGAGCCUGUCGGCAGCACUGCCUCAUUGUAACCCCAGGGAUUCGACCCGCCAGCGCACCCUGGUGGUGUAUGUCACAGCCUAAGGGAGGAUAAUUCCCUUUAUGUUGGUCCUCAUCGUUGGUGGCUGUCCUUCAUGCUCAUAUAAAGGAACUGUAUGAUUUUUUACAUUUUUUUUUAUUUACAAAUUUAGAAAAUUGUCCUUCAGACUUAAUUGUGUUGGGAUUCAGAUGGCCAGGUGUUAUUGUUUUUAUGUUUGCAUGCUGCACUAAUUUGCUCCAGAGAAAAAGAACAGGCUUGGUUUACUAGGUCUGAGUAAACACGCAUAGCUCUGUCUGACAGAGACUUCACUCCUCUUAUUUGAGUGCUGUAGUUUGCUGGUGUGCUUACUGAUAUUUGCACAUUGACUCUUUCAGUACGUGUUCUUGCACUUUGGGGAAUUGCCACUAUUAUAUGAUUGAAGGGGCAUAAGUAAGACAAACUUCAGAGGGUGAAUGACAAAGUAACCUCAGUGUUUCAACACCAACAAAGUUCGUUGAUCACUGUACUGGAGAAAAGGUUUUUGCUUAUUUUGUUUUGUGCCUGUUUAUUAAUUGCACUGUUUUGUCAUUCAUUUUAUGGCUUUAUUUUCUGAAAAGAAAUCAGUUUUUAAAAAAUGGAUCGAUUGUUUUACUGUCCAAGAGCGCCCCCUAUCUUUCAUGCAGUAAAUAACCGUAACAGUACAUUGCAUUACUUAUUUAGCAGUCGCUUCUAUCUAGAACUUUGAAAAGAAGCUUUCAAGUGGCUUUGUUGAGGAUAAAACUACAUCCCACUUCCGUUUUUCCAAUAACUACUACCUCAACAUCACAGAGUGCAUUACACAUUGGAGAAGUUAAAACACUGUUCUGUAUUGCGCUGCAGUUUUGUCAUUAGCUUAAUGUUAUUCGGGACAUAUUUAGGUCCUCAGAAAAGUAAUUAUUAUGACCAUUUUUAUAUGUGAGUUUUAGUGUAAGGCCAACCGUUAAAGAGUCUGUGUGUGUGUGUGUGUAUAUAUAUAUAUAUAUAUAUAUAUAUAUAUAUACACACACACACACACACACACACACACACACACACUAAACUACAGCGGCUUCUUUUGACACGUGUUCAGUGGUCAGGCUGUAGCACUGGUCUCUCUGGGCAUCUCUCUGCAGUUGCAGCACUCAGAGGAUGUAAAGCAGUGUUGAGUGCUGAAUGUUGACCACUGGAGAUACCGUAUUUAUGAUCAUGAAUUUGAGAUGCGACUGCCUUCCCCCCCCUCUCACCUGGGCAGAUGUUGUGGUGUGAUGCGUUGUGCGGCUGUGUCAGUCUGAUGCUGAAGUCCAGCUGUUCCAGGCAGCUCGUGCACCAUUUUGAACAGAAUUUCCCAGAGCGUCCCUGUAGUCGUGAAGGACCCACAGUCAACUUACCACCCACGCGGCAUGAAAGUAACAUAAGUAAUAUAUUUUAAUACCUUUUGCGACAUUCAUGCUUGUCGACAGCGCAUGAGAAACGUCAGAUAUUUAGUUUGAGACCCUCUGUGUAAUUCCGGAGGGUUCCACCGUAGUGGUUUGUGUGCUGCGUUUAACCUGAGGUUAGUGUUCCAGGGUCUGAAUGUACAGGGAUAUCACGGUACUUCAGGCUACUGUGGUACCGAGACACCAGUCACCACCUUCUUUGAUUAAAACCAGGAUGUUAAACCCAGUUCAGGUUGGUUGAUCUGGAGUGCUCUGCUGUGUGGAAGUCUGGACCAGAGGGUUUUGUGUUGACACCUGCAGUAGGCCUGUUGUGGGACGUGUAGAUGGUUUGUUGAAACUGUUGUACCCAGGGAAUUUUUUACUAAUAUUUGUCUGUACUAAAUUUGAAAAGCAGCCAGCCUCAUGAGGCUGUUUGUGCUUGAUGUGCGCUUUGUCCCUGGAUUUAAUUCUCAUGUCUUUUAAAAUAGAUUUUGCUCCAGAAAACUGUAAAUGAAUGCGUCGAUGUUCAUGAUAGAUGUUAAUUGACUUUCCUGUAUUGAUCCUUUUCCUUCCAAAACCAGAGCUUGGGUGCCCUUUCGCGGCUGAGUGAUUUAUCUUCUUAGGCGGCUGCAUUUCACAAGAGUCCUCAUGGUGCUGUGCAGAUAACUCUCAAACCCUGCGAGCUUCUCCUGAAGCAGGAUGAGCUGUGCAUUUACUCCUGUAGCACCUCGACUGUUUCACCCUUUCUCUCACCCUCCGAAUCACACCUGGGCCAAAUACUUCAUUCUUUGGAUUUAAAUACUUUUCUCUGCUGAGGUGCUCUUGCCUGGUGCAAUUGUGUGAGGCAAGAGAAUCAGAAGGUGGAACUUUUUUCCCCCCCAUAGGUUCCAAUACACCAGACAAACUCUGUAAAGCCUAGAAAAGUAUUUGAAUCCAGAAAGAUGACGUAUUUGACCCAGGUCUGUUCCGAAGCGGGAUACUUUUUGCCUUAAAAGGAAGAAAAUGCAUACUCUCGCCAUGCAUAAUCAAACCUGUGCUGUCCUCCAAUCUGUCCAAGGUUUUAACAUUACUGUGUUUUUAAAGCUGUAUCAUAAUAUAUCCCUUUAACUGGGUGCAUGUACACUUGGAGAAUAUCAUUUUGGAAAUUGGUUUCCAAAAGCAGGUAGAUGAAGGGAUACGUAAUCUAUUAAAUGUGCAGAACUUCAGUGCAGAAUCCUGUCCCUUUUGUUGUUUGGUUUUCUUGUUAGGGAGAUUUUAAUGAAAGGUGUAAUAAAAGAUACUUGUGCUAUGAAAGGUUUGUAUUAUCUGUGGGUGUGUUUUGUGAAAGAAAAGCAUGCAUGUUUCUAAAAACAUAAAUCUCGACAUAAACAAGUCUAAA